CACACACACACACCAGGCAUUCCAGGCUGCGGGAACUGCUACAGGGUUAGCACUCCAAUCCUUGGGGGUCCAUGUGCCCACCCCAGGCUCAGGCAGAGGUGGGUUCCGCCAUGACUGAGAAAACGGAAACGGCGGUGUGUGCUUCCAGCCCGGCCCCUGCUCCUCCCCCUAAGCAGGCCUCACCUGAGUCCCUUCCUACAGAGGAGGUGGACCGCCGAAACACGUGCACCCCCUGGUUGCCUCCAGGAGUGCCAGUGAUAAGCCUGGGUCACACCAGGCCCACAGGGGCAGGCAUACCCACCACAGAGCUCACCGCCCUCCGGCCCUCCUUGCUGCAGCUAGCUGCCUUGGGAGCUGCUCCUCCAGGCCUGGCCCUGCACUACCACCCUCACCCUUUCCUCAACAGUGUCUACAUUGGGCCAGCAGGACCCUUCAGCAUCUUCCCUAACAGUAGGCUGAAGAGAAGACCAAGCUAUGGUGAGCUGGACUUGGCUGAUGGGCACCAACCCCAGAAGGUGGCUCGGCGCGUGUUCACCAACAGUAGGGAGCGCUGGCGGCAGCAACACGUUAACGGUGCCUUCGCAGAGCUCAGGAAGCUGUUGCCCACCCACCCGCCCGACCGGAAGCUGAGCAAGAACGAGGUGCUGCGCCUGGCCAUGAAGUACAUUGGCUUCCUGGUGCGGCUGCUGCGAGACCAGGCGGCUGUGCUGGCCUCGGGCCCCAGCGCGCCAGGGUCCCGCAAGCCACCUGCGCACCGGGGCGUGGAUGGCGGCGCACGCUGCGGGGCAGGACACAGAGUGGAGGUUGCACGUUCGCAGCCCUUGCUUCCGGGGGACUGCGAUGGCGACCGCAAUGGGUCUGUGCGACCCAUCAAGAUGGAGCAGACGGCCCUGAGUCCUGAGGUGCGGUGACCCAAGGCAGUGGCGCCUCCCCUGCUACCUAGUGAACUCUC